AUGAGCUCUAGAGGUAUUCGUGGAAGGGGUACAAGAGACUGCGAUAGAUGCCGAGGAAGUGCUAGGGUUAGAUCUUCAGCAUUGGGUCACAUGCCUACUAGGGAGGCACCAGCUUCACCAGAACAUGAGAUGGUUCAAGAGACGGAAGUCAGGACAAGUCUACCAACUUCGGGUAGCGAUAACCCGGAUCUUGAAGCCGUCAUUCGGGCAAAUACUGGAGGAAGUCAGGAGCAUGUCUCAGAUGCGAGUCUAAAGAACAUCAGGCUCGAGAUUGCCAAAUCACAUUUAAGUCAGAUGUUUGUAGAGGAAUACUACAUAAACUUGUAUGCUGGGGGUAAAUUUGUACAUGAUCCCCAUGCAACUGUUAAAGGUUCUAGUGAUGGUAAUCAAGGUGGUGAGGGUUUAAAUGGGGAGGGUGUUGAAGUUGUUUGCAGUAAAGGUUUUGGUUAUGGGAAUCAAGGUGGUAAGGGUAGUGAAGGUUUAACUAGGGAGGGUGUUGAGGUUGCUGGCAAUAAAGGUGGUGACAGUGGUAAAUGUGGUGAAGGUUUUGAAAGGUUAAAUGGAGAGGGUGUUGAGGUUGUUGGCACUAAAGGUGGUGAGAGUUUUGAAGGUUUAAAUGGGGAGGGCGUUAAGGUUGCUAGCAAUAAAGGUGGUGAGGGUGGUGAGGUUGAGGGUGGUGAAGGUGGUGAGGAUUUUAAAUGUUUAAAUGAGGAGGGUGUUGAGGUUGUUGGUAGUAAAGGUGAUGAGGGUGACGGAGGUUUAAAUAGUGGUGUUGAAGAAGCUAAUGAUGAGGGGUAUGAAGAUGAAAGUGAUAGUAGUUUAGAAGAUGAUUAUGAUUAUUUGAUGAAGGCGAUGUACUUUUCAGAUGGUGAUAAUGAUGAGGAGUUUCAAGAAGCUAGCCAAAAGUGGAGGGAAGUGGAGGGGAAAACUAGUAGGAAAGCUAAGGAAAAAAUAGUUGAUGAGACUAAAAGUAAAAGCUCUAGAAAGUAG